CCUUCACGCGUUCCCCACUGUUCAACAAAACCGCCGAGUGACUUGGAGAUCCAGCGUGAUCCAGUGAUCUACGCGUUCCCUGCGGUAACGUUUCACGCGCUAUAAGCGCGUAUCUUCCGUACGACCAUAAGACCGCUGAGCCGUGCUACAUGCGGACUUACAUUGUGUAUGGUGUGAGUUUGGAUAAUCUGUUAAAAUAGUGGAUGAUGCUACGAGUUAGAGACGAAUCAACAAUUACAAAUUCAAGAACAGGCUUUUCGAUUAAUGUUUUGUUUUAUCUCAGUGCCGAAUUUCUAAUUGGUGCUAUCAUCUCAGGUUUUUUAACCAUUCUUAAUAUCAUAAAGUCUCUUCUGCCAAAGCCGCCGAGGGAUUUGACCGGUGAUGUAGUUUUAAUUGCCGGAGUCUCGUCGACCCUCGGCGAGUUCCUCGCCGAGGAAUUCGCGAAGGGUGGCUGUUCUGUGAUCUGCGUGGAUAAUGACUUUAGAUCCGUAGAAGAGAUAACUGCCAGGUUAAAAUCACGGUGCAAUAAAGUGAAGGGAAUCGGGCCUGACCAUAGGGAAUGCGAACGGGAAAAUGUAGGGCCCACAAUGGCAGCAUACGAAUGUGAUCUGCUGGAUCGUAAUGCCAUACGCGAAAUUGCCAAGAAGGUCGAGGAUGAGGUCGGUGGCAUCGACGUCCUAGUGACCUGCGCCGGGCAGCCUUAUCAAGAUAUUUUCGAUACAGCUAAUACAACUCUCAUGAGCCAUUAUUGGACGGUGUUGGCGUUUUUGCCAUUUAUGAUGCAACGCGACAGAGCGCACAUUAUCGGAAUCACGCCAAUUACGUCCACCCAGGAUACAUACUUGGGUUCGAGGGCGGCGAUUGCCGGUCUGAUGGAAAGUUUGGGUCAGGAAUUGACCAAUCGUAAUAGUCAACUUACUUUCCUCACGAUUUCACCGACGACAGAACGCAGUUCGACGAGACAAGAAGAACAACAAAUGGCUAAGGAAGUUGUACAAGCGGUCAGGAGAGGCCAGUGCAGCAUCAGUAUUAAUUGGUACUCAAAGAUGAUGUAUAAUAUAAGUUGUGCGAUCUAUAGCGCAAUAACGACGGUCUCACAAUGGCUUCAUAUACAGGGAUGUGAUUAUUCCUUUUAAAUCCUGUUCUUGCUCAUGAAGCGUGAAGCAUUCCAGUCGGCCACCGACACGAGUGUAAGAAUUCGCUUUUUCUGUUAUUAGCGAAUUCCCUCAAGAUGGACAAAAAAACCUUUAAAAGUUGUAUGAAAUUUGUGCAGUAUCUUCCCACGAGUUACACAAUGAAGAAUUAUUCUAAUUAAUUAUUCAUAUAAAGUCAAAUUAGAAUUAUAAACAGUCAUAUAUUACUGGAUCGUAAUAUAUUAUUGUAAUACGUAAAGAAGAUACCCUUGAUUUUUAAGAAAAUAGAACCUCUGUUAAUAAAAA